AUGGUGCAGGCGCUCGGCUUCAGCCUCCCGCACUCGGAAGCGCCUGGCGGCACGGCCGAUGAGGCACUGCCCCGGGUGCUCAAUGUCUACCAGCUUGGCUCCCGCGUCUACCAGACCGCCGAGCCCGGGUCCGACUGGGACUUCCUGUUCCUCGUUUGCACCCUCGCCGCACUCCUACAUGUAGUGGUGAGCUGGACAUAA